GCAGCUAAUCUAGUCUUAUUUCACUUUAUUGCGACUUGAUAUUUUAUGCACCCGGAAAUGUGUAUAAAUAUAUAAUCUGCUUAUUUAUACUUCAUUAAAAUCUGUAUUAUUUGUGCAUGUUUGUAUUAAAGAACAGACUAGCGGGAUCGUGUUUGUUGCUAGCUGGCUAAUACGCUAAACCUGUCGCCCCGCUAGCAUGGUUUUCCUCCUCUAGCUGUUUUAUUGACUUAUAGGUUCGGGAAAUUUGUGUAGCUGACCCUUGUGCAUUUUGAGCAAACCCAGGGGCAAUGUUUUACGCCCACUUCGUCCUCAGCAAGCGAGGGCCGCUGGCCAAGAUCUGGCUGGCGGCCCAUUGGGACAAGAAGCUGACCAAAGCCCACGUCUUUGAGUGCAACCUGGAGAGCAGCGUGGAGAGCAUCAUUUCACCCAAGGUGAAAAUGGCUCUGCGUACAUCUGGCCACCUGCUCCUGGGGGUGGUGAGGAUCUACCACAGGAAGGCCAAGUAUCUCCUUGCUGACUGUAACGAGGCCUUUAUAAAGAUCAAAAUGGCUUUCAGACCAGGGGUCGUGGAUCUGCCCGAAGACAAUCGCGAGGCUGCGUACAACGCCAUCACCCUGCCCGAGGAAUUUCACGACUUUGAUCAGCCUCUUCCGGAUCUCGAUGACAUAGAUGUAGCACAGCAGUUUACGCUAAACCAGAGCCGGGUGGAGGAGAUCACCAUGAGGGAGGAAGUGGGGAACUUGAGCCUUAUGAACGACGAACACUUCGGCGAUUUUGGCAUUGAGGACCGGGAGAUCCUUAGAGAGGAGCCUGCCUUUGAGGAUACCGCCUUCAUGCAUGGAUCCUCAGCUGCCAACCUCCUCCUGGAGGCGGAGCCCGGCCCCGCCCACCCUCCUGAUAAGUCCGCUAAUCUCGAGUAUGACGACUUCGGAGACAACAAUCUGGAGAACAGCGACGGCGGUAUACUCGUGGAUAAGCUCUUGAGCGGCGAUGGUGGUGGGGGGAUAUUUGACGAUCCUCCGGCCAUUACCGAUAGCGUCAUGAUGCCCCCAGGCCACGGAGAUGACGACGAUGACGACUUUGACCACCUUUCGCCGGCUGGAGCUCCGGACAGCCCCGAUUCAUGUCCGGUUGAGGCUUUACCCAACACUACAGACCAGACGGAGCAGACCACGCUGGUGCCCAAUGAAGAGGAGGCCUUUGCUCUUGAACCCAUCGAUAUCACCGUGAAAGAGACGAAGGCAAAGAGAAAAAGGAAGCUGAUCGUCGACAGCCUGAAAGAGCUCGACAGCAAAACCAUCCGCGCUCAGCUGAGCGAUUACUCAGAUAUCGUAACCACACUGGAUCUGGCCCCGCCCACCAAGAAACUGAUGAUGUGGAAAGAGACCGGAGGCGUGGAGAAACUCUUCUCUCUGCCUGCUCAGCCUCUGUGGAACACUAGACUGCUCAAGAUGUUCACACGCUGCCUCACUCCACUGGUGCCGGACGAGCUCAGGAAGAGGAGGAAGGGUGGUGAGGCCGACAGCCUGGAGGAGUUCCUGAAGGAGCUGGAGAACCCCGAGGUUCCCCGUGAGGAACAGCUGGGCCAAAGGACCGACAUUAUUGAUCAAACCAUUGUUGAGGAGCCCAGCAUGCUGCAGACCUCAUCCAUGGAGGGCAGCAGAACCACACUGGACGAGACCCUGAUGCCUCCUCCUUCACGGCAGCGUGGAGUCAAACGCAAGUCCCAGGAGCCCGAAGCCGCUCUGCCUACGAUGAGCAUACUGGACCAGUCCGUGCCUCCGCCGAUGGAGCAGUCCGUGUUGUCCCAGCAGCUGGACAUGCCUCAGGUUGACCUUCCUCCUGAGGACAGCGGCAACCUUUCGAGAAUCGUGACUGAGUUCAACCUGCUGGGAGAGAAGAACAAGGACAAAGAGGACAGUGAGGAGGAAGAUGAGGAGGGUGAUGGACAAGGUGGUGACCAGGACCAAGAGGAGAGACGGUGGAACAAAAGAACCCAGCAGAUGCUGCAUGGACUUCAGCGUGUUGUGGCUAAAACCGGAGCCCAGUCCAUCAGCCUGCUGGAGCUUUGCAGAAACAACAACAAAAAACAAGCCGCCGCCAAGUUCUACAGCUUCCUCGUCCUGAAGAAACAGCAGGCGGUGGACCUGUCCCAAACCGAGCCUUACAGUGACAUCAUCGCCACGCCAGGUCCACGGUUCCACAUUGUAUAGAUGCACGUUCUUGUCUUUUUAGCUUGUAUUUAACACUUUUUACUGUUUCUCAGUCUUUUGUACCUAUAUAUUGGGCUUGUUUUGGACCAAUUUCGUUUGUUGUUGUUUUUUGUUUUGUUUUGUUUUUUGUUUUGUUUUUUUUUUUUUUUUUUUUUUUUUUUAAAGUUGGAAAGAGUCAAUUGAUCAUGUAAAAAUUUUACUCCAUUUGCAUGUCAGUACCUUUUGUACCCCCAUAACCUCAGUACCAGACUUGUUUUUCUGUCUUUUUUUUUCUUUUUUUUUCCCCCCUCCACAAAUUGUUUUAUCGUUAUGGUUUUAUCCAACUAGGUUUUACAUCGAGAUACUUCUUUUAGAAUAGCUGUAAACAUUUUUGCCUUUUUGGUAAUAUCAUAUUUGAGAGACAAAGGUUUAUUUUUGGAAGUCUGGUGUAAUUGUUGAAUAAUGCAAAAGCUCAGCAUUUUGUAUCUCUUUCAAUGAUGUUAUUAAAGGUUUAUUAAAAACAA